UGCGUACUGCGGGCAGCGGGCGGCAUGUCUGCGCUACGCUGGACCCGGGGCGCCGCUGGGCUCGGCAGGGCGUUGAGCUCCUCUGGGCGCCGCCGCCCGACCUCGGACGAAGGGACCCUCAGUGGCCUCUGCAGCGCAAGAAGGAGCUCUGCUGCCAGUCCCCGUGAGCGAGAUGCCCAGAAGGAGUGGGGUCAUGCCGAGCUGCUGGAGGUGCUGGAGGCUCGGGUGCGGCAGCUGCAGGCGGAGAGCACGUCCCAGGUGAUGGUGAAGAAGGUGCCAAUGGACCGGCCCCUGAAGGGCCGCAGCAGCCGCUGGGCCCAGAAGCUGGAGGCUGAGAAGCGGGUGAAGCAGAAGAGCCAGGAGGGAUUCCUUGACCAGCAGAAGCAGAGCCACACACUGCACACAGAGCCCCGGGUCUGGAGCAAGAAGCUGGCCAGCUACCUGCAGCAGAGCAAGAAGGGGGCACCCAAGAGCUCAGAGGAGGAGGAACAGCGGCUGACCUGGGCCCUGCAGUCCGCCCUGCUGAAGCUGAGUUCCUGCACCCCGGCCAGGACGAAGGCCACGGUGGUGGAGACAAACUUCUUGCUCCUCCAGCAGAAGUUUCUGGCUUUCUUUGAGUGCUGUGCCUGCACUGACAACAUGCCCCUUGCCCACCACGUGCUGGUCACUCAGCACAGCAAGUGUGAGAGGCAGCAGCUGCUUACCUUGGACAUGUAUAACACCGUGAUGCUCGGCUGGGCGCGAAAGGGCUCCUUCAAGGAGAUGGUGUAUGUGUUCAUCAUGCUGAAGGAUGCUGGCCUUUCCCCCGACCUGUGGUCCUAUGCUGCCGCACUCCUGUGCAUGGGACGCAGGGACCAGGAUGUCCACAUCAUCCAGAAGUGUCUGAAGCAGAUGAUGGAAGACGGCUUUCAGCCUCAGCAGCUGUUCACUGACCUGGCCCUGACAGGAGAGGAGCGGGCCGCGCUGCUGAGAGCAGUAGUCAAGGCUGAGCCUGCCUUCAGUCCACCGCCACAGGCGCCAAGUCCAGCCAACACGUCCACACUGCUCAGGGAGAUCUAUGCCAAGAAUGGUCCCAAGUCCUACCCGAAACUGCACCUGCCCCUGGAGACCCUGCAGGACCUUUUCUCCCAGCAGCUCCAUGUGGAGCUGAGUGCCAACGUCAGUGUCCAGUCGGUGGAGAAGGCCCCAGUAAUGACCAAGGAGGUCAUUGAGGCGCGGAAGACCCUGAAGACGCUGCAGGGGCAGUGGGAAGUGGAGCUGCUGCGGGUCCUGCGGCAGACCAAGGCCACCAUGGCCUGCCAGGCGCGGGAAGGCCAGCCCACCCUCUACCCGUUCCUGUGCCUGCUCAGUGAAGAAGAGUUUGUCAGCAUGCUGCUGCAGGUGGGCCAGGGCUGGACGCCCGGGCCGGGGACAGGCGGCCGUGUCCAGGCAGCCAGGGCUGGACGCCUG